AUGGUGUCUUAUCCUUGCACUUAUCCUUUAUCCUUUAUUUCAUUUUAUUUUUUAUUUCUAUCUAUUCUUCGAUUGUACUUACACGAAUUUUUCAGUUUCCUCUUUAUAUUUCAGUGCGACGGUGUACGUCCUCCGUAUCAACCGGUGUUGAAACUUUCGCAGUUCGACACAUCAAAAUCUAUCCAGGACCAACAGUUCCUUUAUUCUGUUAAGAAUAACAUAAGUACCACUCAAGUGAAUAAUUCUAUGUCUCCUGACCAACAAAUGUCUGUAUCACCGUUUUUUCUUUCGCUUUUUUAUUUGGCUAAUUCGGCACAGGAACGAUACCUCGUACAAAGUGCCUUGCGUCGCAGAAUAUGGCUUUCCCUAGGUGGUGAAGAUUCUUCGCGACAUGAGCAGUUCUCAGAUACUAUUUUCUGGUGUGUUGAUCUUAUUUUCACUAAGCAGCUAGAAGAUGGAACGGCCUCCCAAUACUCCUACCGUGUCCAAAAUAUACCCGAAACGAUAAGAGUCGAAACAGUCCUACGUCAGUUUCUUAAACCGCGUCAGCACGGUUGCAUUGUAUCGAAGUCAGAUCUAGACAUGGAAAAAAUGGCACCGUUUAUUGAAGCUGGAAUAGAAAGUGUCAAUGGAUUUAUGCUUGUUCCAGACAUGGAGUACUAUGGGAUUAAUUUUGGGAAGGAUUUUUUGCAUAAUAUGCGGAACAGAGUUAUUGUCAAUCAUCCGAGGAUUAUUAUCACUUUGAAUACAGAGUUCAUAUCAUCGCAUCAGGUGGGGUGCCUCAUACCUAGUUAUGCCUUGAAUCACUCUCUAUGUCCAGUUGCUCUUAUUCUCAUGUUUGUUUUCUUUUUCGAGGGAUCUGAUCGUUGUGCUAUGCGUAGAGGUCGUGGUGGUUUCCGAAGUGGUUUCCGAGCUGGCCAAGGAGGACCUCGUUUAAAAUUUCGCAGAGGCUCACGUGAUCGUGGUGAUGGUCGGCGCGAUCACGGCACACAGCGGGGUAACAGUCGAGACAGGUUUAAGGUAUUUCACCAAAAUUCUUUUCUUGUUUCAGUGGUAUUUGUGCACCAUUUCUUUUUUGCAGGAUCGCUUUAA